UUGGGCUUUCACUGGUUCAUAAAGGGCAGGAAUGGCAGGUAGGAAAGUGGAGAAGAUGGCUUCAAUAGACGCACAGCUGAGGCUAUUAGCACCUGCGAAAGUCUCUGAGGAUGACAAGUUGGUCGAAUAUGAUGCUUUGCUUUUGGAUCGUUUUCUCGACAUUCUUCAAGAUUUACAUGGAGAGGAUAUCAGAGAAACGGUUCAAGAAUGUUAUGAGCUGUCUGCUGAGUAUGAAGGGAAGCGUGACCCUAAAAUAUUGGAGGAGCUUGGGGAAGUGAUAACAAGCUUGGAUCCAGGGGAUUCAAUUGUGGUUACCAAAUCAUUCUCCCAUAUGCUUAACUUGGGCAAUUUGGCUGAGGAGGUUCAAAUUGCUUAUAGGAGGAGGAUCAAGUUGAAGAAAGGAGACUUUGCUGAUGAAAGUUCUGCAACCACUGAAUCAGACAUUGAAGAGACCUUCAAGAGACUUGUGGGGCAGUUGAACAAGUCCCCUGAAGAAGUUUUUGAUGCUUUGAAGAAUCAAACUGUAGAUUUAGUCUUGACCGCCCAUCCUACUCAGUCUGUUAGGAGAUCUUUACUUCAAAAACAUGGAAGGAUACGUAAUUGUUUAACUCAGUUGUAUGCUAAAGACAUUACUCCGGAUGAUAAGCAGGAGCUUGAUGAGGCGCUACAAAGGGAGAUUCAAGCUGCUUUUCAUACGGAUGAGAUCCGUAGGAAUCCUCCCACCCCACAAGAUGAGAUGAGAGCUGGAAUGAGCUACUUCCAUGAGACAAUCUGGAAAGGUGUACCGAAAUUCUUGCGUCGUGUUGACACGGCUUUGAAGAACAUAGGGAUAAAUGAACGUGUUCCCUACAAUGCCCCUCUUAUUCAAUUCUCUUCAUGGAUGGGAGGGGAUCGUGAUGGAAAUCCCAGAGUAACUCCGGAAGUUACAAGAGAUGUAUGCUUGUUGGCUAGAAUGAUGGUGGCUAACUUGUACUUCUCCCAAAUAGAGGAUCUUAUGUUUGAGUUAUCAAUGUGGCGCUGCAGCGAUGAACUUCGUGUUCGUGCAGAUGAACUUCAUAGGGCCUCGAAAAAAGAUGUAAAACAUUACAUAGAAUUCUGGAAACAGAUUCCUCCAAAUGAGCCGUAUCGUGUUAUUCUUGGUGAUGUGAGAGAUAAGCUGUACAAUACACGGGAACGUGCUCGUCACCUGUUGGUUAAUGGGUUUUCUGACAUUCCUGAAGAAGCAGCGUUCACCAAUGUGGAGCAGUUUCUGGAGCCUCUUGAACUCUGCUAUAGCUCACUCUGUGCUUGUGGUGAUCGGCCAAUUGCCGAUGGAAGCCUUCUUGAUUUCUUACGGCAAGUUUCUACCUUUGGGCUUUCACUUGUGAGACUUGAUAUCCGACAGGAAUCCGACAGGCAUACUGAUGUCCUUGAUGCUAUCACAAAGCAUCUAGAUAUUGGAUCUUAUCGAGAAUGGCCUGAAGAACGCCGACAGGAAUGGCUCUUAUCUGAACUCAGAGGCAAGCGUCCUCUAUUCGGCCCUGAUCUUGCCAAAUCAGAAGAAGUCGCUGAUGUGCUGGACACUUUUCACGUCAUUUCUGAACUGCCUUCAGACAGCUUUGGUGCCUAUAUUAUCUCGAUGGCAACAGCCCCAUCUGAUGUGCUUGCUGUUGAGCUUUUGCAACGUGAAUGCCAUGUAAAGCAACCAUUAAGGGUGGUUCCGUUGUUUGAAAAACUCGCUGAUCUUGAAGCUGCUCCUGCUGCUGUGGCUCGCCUCUUCUCAAUAGAUUGGUACAGAAAUCGGAUCAAUGGGAAACAGGAAGUGAUGAUAGGCUACUCAGAUUCUGGAAAAGAUGCUGGCCGUCUCUCUGCAGCUUGGCAGCUAUACAAGGCACAAGAGGAACUUGUAAAGGUUGCAAAGCAGUAUGGUGUUAAGCUUACGAUGUUCCAUGGCCGAGGAGGGACUGUUGGGAGAGGAGGGGGACCGACUCAUCUUGCUAUAUUAUCUCAACCACCAGAUACAAUUCACGGUUCACUUCGAGUAACAGUUCAAGGUGAAGUUAUUGAGCAAUCCUUCGGAGAGGAGCACUUGUGCUUCAGGACACUUCAGCGUUUUACUGCUGCUACACUUGAGCAUGGAAUGCAUCCCCCCGUAUCACCAAAUCCAGAAUGGCGUGCACUCAUGGAUGAAAUGGCACUAGUUGCGACAAAGGAAUACCGUUCUGUAGUCUUCCAGGAACCUCAUUUUGUUGAAUACUUCCGCCUAGCAACACCGGAAUUGGAGUAUGGUCGGAUGAAUAUCGGAAGUCGUCCAUCGAAAAGGAAGCCAAGUGGAGGCAUCGAAUCACUCAGAGCAAUCCCAUGGAUCUUUGCAUGGACUCAAACAAGAUUUCAUUUGCCGGUGUGGCUUGGCUUUGGGGCAGCUUUUAAGCAUGUGAUCGAGAAGGACACGAAGAAUCUCCAGAUGCUCCGAGACAUGUACAACCAGUGGCCUUUCUUUAGGGUCACAAUGGACUUAAUUGAAAUGGUGUUUGCCAAGGGAGACCCUGGUAUUGCUGCCUUGUAUGACAAGCUACUAGUAUCAAAAGAACACUUGCCCUUUGGAGAGAAAUUGAGAGCCAACUAUGAAGAAACCAAGCUUCUUGUUCUCCAGGUUGCUGGACAUAGAGAUCUUCUCGAAGGCGACCCGUACCUGAAGCAGAGACUCCGACUUCGUGAUGCUUACAUCACGACUCUUAAUGUCUGCCAAGCAUACACUUUGAAAAGGAUCCGAGACCCGGAUUAUCAUGUGAAGGUAAGGCCGCACUUAUCCAAGGAAUACAUGGAAUCGAGGAAGUCGGCAGCCGAGCUAGUGAAACUCAACCCGACAAGCGAGUAUGCUCCUGGUCUGGAAGACACCCUUAUAUUGACCAUGAAGGGUAUUGCUGCUGGCAUGCAAAACACUGGUUAAAACUAAACAUAGCCCCAAACUUGCGGAUUGUUGUCUUUUUUCUAGAUUCCCAUUGCAUGUAAUGGUUGACCCCUUUCUAAGGUUGUAUUUGCUUCAAGUAAACCCUUUUUUGUUAUUAUUA